CACCCCAUCAUUCAAGCACUACAAGUUUUCUUCUCUUUUCCUUCUUGUGUUACUUUCUUUACAGCUUCAAUGAGGACCACCAAGAAGAUGAACACUUCUUUCAACGAAGAAGAGUUUGAUCAACUCAAAAGAGGGCCAUGGACACUUGAAGAGGACAAUCUUCUUAUCCGUUAUAUCACUUGUCAUGGCGAAGGUCGUUGGAAUUCGCUAGCAAAAUCUGCAGGAUUGAAAAGAACAGGAAAAAGUUGUCGGUUAAGAUGGUUAAAUUAUCUAAAACCAGAUACCAAGCGUGGAAAUCUCACACCACAAGAGCAAAUCUUGAUCCUCGAGCUCCAUUCCAAGUGGGGUAACAGAUGGUCCAAAAUUGCUCAACACUUGCCAGGAAGAACAGACAAUGAGAUCAAGAACUACUGGAGAACAAGGGUACAGAAACAAGCUCGCCACCUCAAGAUCGACUCUAGUAGCAAGAGGUUUGUGGAAGAACUUCAACGAUUUUGGAUGCCAAGGUUGCUCGAGAAAGUGGAGCAAACCUCCUCAUCAUCAUCGACAUCAACUGCUUCUACUUCAACCAUGGAAACUGAUCAAAACAAAUUAAGCCCUGGUCCACAAAUCGAACAAACCCCAUUUGCAGUAUCAUCUCCAACACGACCAAGCAACAUAGAGCAUAUUAACUCAAGCUCAAACUUUUUUGCAUCAAGUUCUUCCGCGAAGAUGCUGUCACAGCUGCCUGAAAUGUCACAAUUUUAUGCAGACACUGCCUUCUAUAACUCAUCACUCCAAAUCAAUGACACUUACAAUUUGGAUAUAAGCGAGUUCGAUAUGAUGGGGUUUGGCCAGCCAGAUGACAUGUCAAACCUAAACUUCCAGGUUGCCGAUACUGAUUGGAUAAGCGGUGGUGACUUGGCAGCUGACACAUAUUGGAACAUGGAUGAAUUAUGGCAAUUCAAGAAGUAGAUGAUGGCCUGAUAAUAUAUGGAUCUAUAUUAUCAAUAUUGGCCUUAAUUAAUUCCUAUCAAUUAAUCUCUAAUUAUGGAAGAGUUGAUAGUUUAUCUGUAGAUAAGGACUAUGUUUAAAGAGAGUCCCAUGUCUCUAAUUUUACAAGUAAAAGUGUAUAGGGUGAAAAGAUAUCUACUAUUCCCUUCAGUAGCAUAAAGUUGCGAUUGAUAUAGAUUGUUAAUGGCAGUAUUUUUUCUUU